AAGCAUGACACAAAGGGCAAUAUCACCAAAUACAAAGUCUGGCUUAUUGCACAGGGCUUUAUCCAGGUCCUAGGACUUGGUUACACUAACACCUUUGUGCUAGCCAGCAAACUUAAGUCCUUGCAUGUCCUGCUUGUACUUAUGGCCUAUAAAAACUAG